UCAUCAAAAGUCUUGACAAAAUUUUCCAUUCCUUGAUUGCCCUUGUUUUAGUUUUGAUUUUUUGAACAUGUUCUAUGUUAAUCUUUCGACGAAACUAGACUUGUAUAUUAGGAUAUUUUUACUUAUUUUGUUCGGUUCGAUUAUAGUGUGUUCAUAGGUAGAUAAUAUAGUCCACGUCUCUAUAGUAGAUAAUUCAUGACGUUAUAGCGAAAAAGAGAUAUUACAGUACAAUUUUGGAUAAAUUUUGAGUUUAAUGAAAGCUUUUCCAUCUUAUAAGUACGGUUUACUCAAUUUGUCAUGUCCAAUCAAAUUUUUGAUGAUUCCAUCGUUUUAUGAUUGAGUUUUCAGUCAAACUCUUCCUAUUUUAAGAAUGUCUUUUUAACUAUGAAAUAAUUGGAAGUUUCUCUACGAGAAAUACAAGUUCAAUAAAUAACAGCAAUAUACACAUAAACACGAUAUAUUUGGAGAGAAGGGGGAACAUCUUUUAUCUAGUUAGCUCUGAUUUCGGAAGUUCCUGUAUUUGUUCUCGUAUUUUUCCUACAAGUUUAGUGAACAAACGGAUGGACAACAUCAUAUGCCCAAGAAUUGAAGAAGGGUAUUUUUGUAACUUGCAAAUUAAGUAGUAUCUAGAGCUAAUCUUUGAAUUAUGUGAUGAUAGGAUAUUGAUAGAUUAAUUGAUAGUGACAUAAAUUUGAGUUUCGGAAUGGAGCAAUUAAGGUUAGACUUCAAGUAUAAAUAUGCAAUAGACACCAACACAUAAUGUCAGGGAAUUCUUAGGAAAAAACCCUUCUUAGUAUUAGUUUCUGCUAAGAAAAACAAAUAAUAUUGUUUUAUUUUAUUUUAUUUUAUUUUUGGCUUUUAUGUCUUGUGGAGUUAUGGCACAACAUAUGGGAUGGGGAGCCAUGGAAGAAGGGUGGAGAAAGGGCCCUUGGACUGCUGAAGAAGAUAGAUUGCUCAUCGAAUAUGUCAAAUUGCAUGGUGAAGGAAGGUGGAACAAUGUGUCUAGGCUUGCAGGAUUGAAAAGAAAUGGAAAGAGCUGCAGAUUAAGAUGGGUGAAUUACUUGAGGCCAGACCUUAAGAGGGGGCAAAUAACCCCACAUGAAAAGAGUAUAAUUCUCGAGCUACAUGCUAAAUGGGGAAACAGGUGGUCAACGAUUGCUAGAAGCCUGCCAGGAAGAACUGAUAAUGAAAUCAAGAACUAUUGGAGGACUCAUUUCAAGAAAAAGGGGAAACCCACCUCGGAAAACGAGGAAAAAUCCCGUCUCCGGCUUCUGAAGAGGCAACAGUUUCAGCUACAACAACAACAAUACCAGCUGCAGCAGCAACAACAAGAAGAUGAAAUGAACAUGAAGAAGAUAAUCUCAAUGCUUGAUGAGAAUGAUGACAACAAUGGACUGCCAAAUUUCCCUCAAAUGAGACAAGAAAUAAUUUACCCGAACACUAACGACGAGUCGGGCUUCUUUUAUUCGAUGAUUAAUGGCUAUGCAACCAUGCUAGAGACCUCAAAUGAGGAUAUCAUGUGGGGUGGCUUGUGGAACUUGGAUGAUUGCUAUGGAAAUUUUCCAGCUGGGAAUGCAAUAAACAGAGCUAUUUAACCAGCAUAUUUUAGCCAAGAAUUUCUAUUGAACUUCCAAUGUAUGCUUAAGCACUGGAUGAUUGAGAACCAAAAAAGGUUUUUCAAUUUAGAGAUUAUGAUUUUUCUGCUUUUUUCUGUUUUUGCUUCCUCCUUUUUGUUAGUCCCUUAAGGCAUCUAGAAUGAUCAUGUUACAUUUUCUGCUGCUAUUAGGCUGGUUCAAUCUUGUGUCCAAAAAAGUUUGGAACGCAUGACAAAUUGACAAGCUCAAUAAAAUUUCAGAGAAACCAGCUUUUUUGCUGUAGAUUGUAAAUUUGCCCGUUCUAUUUUUUCUUUGGAAAAUGGAACAGGAUACUAGUACUAGAUAAUGACUACUGACUCUAAUUUUUAUUU